GCAUUCUUUGCCUUUCUUUCUCUUGCUUCCUGUACACAUUUCUUUUUAUUUAGACGCAACAUCAAGUAGGAGUCCCUAGGUACCAAAGAGAUCAGAAUAUGUUUAUUUUUUGGAUGUUAUUAUGGCUUAUCGACACCGCCCAAGGAGAAGCUUUGAUCACAGACAAGAAAGUAACAUGUACAUCUUCGAAUAUCGAAGUUGCACUCACUUUUGCCAAAAGUUUUUCUGGAGGCGUUUUGACCGAAAACCCAAGAAAAUAUGAACAAUGCAGGUGGAAAGGUAACGGAUCUAAUUCGAUGUCAAUCAACAUACCACUGUUUAACUCCACAAAGUGCGCCGUCGUAGCCAAUGAGACUAGCGGCACCUACAGUAUCAAGCUAUUAGUUAGUCCUGUCGAUGGACUAAUUGUCGACGGAUUCAGCGCAAUUAACGUUAAAUGUAUCUAUGCAACACAGGACAUUACUCUCACACUUCCACCAAUCUUUAAUGGCACAAAUGCAUUGCAGAUAACUGCAAUGAAUGAUGACAACAGUGUUGUAACCGGAAGCGGAGGCUCCCCAGCUUUGACAAUGCAAAUUCUCGAAGGCCAUGGGAUCAGUGGCUCCCCCGUGGUCAAAGCGGCUGUCGGGCAACGGAUUACAUUGGAUAUAGCUCUUCAGAACACAGCUAUUUAUGAUUUCUACGUUCAUUCCUGCUACGCUCACGAUGGAAGCAAUUCACCCGAUGCAUCGAUCAACAUCAUCGAUUCAAAUGGAUGCGGAGUGCGACUAUCAAGGGCAAUUGACGUGCCGGCAAUGAGUGCGCAACCCACACCGAAUGGCCCAAAACACGUCUAUUUGCAUAUGUACGGAUUUCAAUUCACCUCCAACAAUUUUGUGCAUUUCGAAUGUCAAGUCAAACCAUGCAUCAAGUCGUGUCAUAGAGAGCAAUGCAUCCGUGAGCCGGACACCAAGAUCCCUGUGAUCCCAGCUCAUCGCCGCCGCCGUCACGAAGACAAUUCAACUGAUGUGGCCACGCUUCGUCUUGAGACCGUGCUCGAGAUCUCGCCCCAAUCAACGCUCUCAGCUGCUGCCCUUGUAUCGUCCGAGGACUACGCUCGCCCGGCACAUUGCUAUUCACAACCUGCGCUCAUUGCUACCUGCACUUUCGUUUUUGUGAUAACUGCACUCUUGGUUUCGAUGGUUCACGUGGUUUAUCGGCGAUGGACAAAGUCCGACAAGACAAGCAGUAUAAAUGACAACGACAGCGUCGAUUCUUCUACCAUUUCAUAAUUCAUUACUCUCAUUUCAUUCCAUUUUUCCUAAAUGAUCUUCAUUUUCUGUAAAAUCAUUUUGAUUCGAAGUACAUGUUUUUUCAUUCCACUCUUUUUUUGCCUUUUUGUUAUAAACUCAAUGAAUUCGUAAUUUCUUUGA